UUUGAGAUGGAAAUGGUCCCUAUGGCGAGUUUCCUGGGCUUUGUCCAGGCUAGAGAUGGGGUGUCCCUCGGGAGCCUGUUCCCCUCAGGGGCGCUGCCCUCGGGUCAGGGCUGAGGGGCACUGGCAGGGGCUCCCUUGCCCAACGGCUGCCCGGUGGUGCCUGCUCCAGGCUAAGGAGAAGGAUUUGAACCCCCGGGCGUCGAUCCAGCCCCCGUCAGUAGCACGAGGCACUCGGGGGCUGCCUGGAACGAGCCGUGUGUGGGGGCAGCAGCUGAGCAGGGCGUGUCCAUGUGCCAGGAUCCCAGCGGGAACCGCAUCGCCCAGUGGCGAGAUGUGACUCCACAGCAAGGCAUCGUGGAUCUGUCUCUCCCGCUGUCUGCAGAGCCGGCCCUGGGGACGUACGCCAUCAAGGCACAGGGGACGAGGCACUCGUUCAGCGUGGAGGAAUACGGUGCGCAGCGGGACCCAGUGCUGCCCAAGUUCGAAGUGACCCUGGAACUGCCCCCCGUGGUGACAGUGCUGGAUGAGACGCUCCUGCUGCGGGUGUGCGGUCGAGACACCUACGGGAAUCCCGUUCUGGGGAGGGUCGAGGCCAGCCUGUGUUGGGAGAUAUCAUUUUACUGCACAUUGCUUCCUGGCAAGACUGACACCAAUGGCUGCUUUUCAACAGAGGUGGAGAUUCCUCGCUUAGUGCCGACCAACUCUGGCUAUGGAAUGAGCUUCCAGGCCAAGGCGUCUCUCAAGGAGGAGGGGACAGGGGUGGAGCUCAACGCGACCAAGAGCUGCAAGAUCGUGUCUAAAAUCCCUAUAGUGACCUUUGAGGUCGCUGACGAGACCUACAAGGCUGGAAUCCCCUACACUGGCAAGCUCCCAAGGGAGGCAUGCAGGGUGCAGGCACAACCAAUGGACAUUGGUGGCUAAUGCAUUCAGAUCUCCGGUGCAUGGGGCAUACGCAGACCAGAAGUGAAGCACAUAUAGACACCACAUCUCAAAGAACUCUAGUUAC